AUGCCGGAACCCACCAAGAAAGAUGCUCAAGAGCCAUCACUACAACCCAGUGAAGAACACUUCCUCUAUCAAAUGGCUGAGGAGUGUAUGCUGGAGACAACACUUUCUCCACUGCCGGUACCCCUAACAAUGCCUCAAGUGAGCACCAUAUUAGGCAACAGGGCUUUCAAGAAUGGCAUCUGGGGACUCCGAUCCUCUCAAAAAUAUACUUGUACUUUCCAAACAGAACAAAAAUCACCGGAGGAGGGUGGAACUGAAAAGGGUAAAGACAUGGACAUCAGAGAAAUGGCAUCUUCCUCAGAUGAAGAUGAUACUUCAGUUAGUGCUCCACCAGCAGAUGGGAUGUCUAAGCCAGCGGAAAGAAAAGAUUCAGUAUGGUCUGUUGGAGAAGGAGAAGAGACAGAAAAACGUGAUGAUGCCCAAAGAUCCACUCUAUUUGUCGAAAAACCUCAGACUGGUACAGUUAGUGUUGGUGGGAAUAUUACCUUUAUAGCCAAAGUAGAAGCCAAAGAUCUUCUCCGAAAGCCGAAUGUUAAGUGGUUUAAAGGAAAAUGGAUGGAUUUGGCCAGUAAAGCGGGGAAGCACCUGCAGCUGAAAGAGUCCUUUGAGCGUCACACUAAGAUUCAUACAUUUGAGAUGCAUAUCAUUCAAGCCAAAUUAAACUAUGCAGGGAACUAUCGCUGUGAAGUUUCUUAUAAGGACAAGUUCGAUAGUUGCUCUUUUGACCUUGAAGUCACUGAAUCUUCCCAAGCUGCGCCAUCCAUCGACAUCAGAUCUGCUUUCAAAAGAAGCGGUGAAGGACAAGAGGAUGCAGGAGAACUUGACUUUAGUGGUCUCCUGAAACGUAGGGAGGUAAAACAGCAAGAGGAAGAACCUGAGGUAGAUGUGUGGGAGCUCCUGAAGAACGCGAAUCCCAGUGAAUAUGAGAAGAUUGCUUUCCAGUAUGGUAUCACUGACCUGAGAGGCAUGUUAAAGCGACUGAAGCGCAUGCGCAGGGAAGUGAAGAAGAGCGCAGCUUUUGCCAAGGGUCUGGAUCCUGCAUAUCAGGUGGACAAAGGAGGGAAAGUAAGGUUCAUGGUGGAGUUAGCAGAUCCAACAGUGGAACUCAAGUGGUAUAAAAAUGGCCAAGAAAUACGACCAAGUGCAAAAUACAUUUUUGAGCACAAAGGUAACCAGAGAAUUUUAUUCAUCAAUAACUGUUCAAUGGCAGACGAUGCUCGCUAUUAUGUAACAGCUGGGGAUGAGAAAUGCUCCACAGAACUGUUUGUGAGAGAUCCUCCAAUUUUGGUGACCAAAGGCCUGGAGGAUACCAGUACCUAUGUUGGUGAGAGAGUAGAACUGAGCUGUGAAGUGUCUGAAGAUGAUGCAAAUGUGAAAUGGUUCAGGAAUGGUGUAGAACUUCCCAACGAUCCUAAAUCUCGGUAUCGAAUCAAAGUUGAGGGUAAAAAACACACUUUGGUCAUAGAGGAAGCUGCAAAAAAUGACAACGCAACUUACUCAGUAAUGACAACUGGAGGCCAGUCAGAGGCUAAGCUUUCAGUUGGUUUGAGACCAUUGAAGAUAUCACUUGCACUAGAAGACCAGACUGUGAGGCUUGGACAGGAAAUCCAUCUGAAGUGUGAGAUAUCUGAGAAUGUGUCAGGGAAAUGGUACAAAAAUGGGCAACUGGUUGAAGCUAGUGACCGUGUAAAGAUUUAUCACAAAGGAAGAAUCCACAGAUUUGUUAUAGCAAGCUCUGCUGUUGAUGAUGAGGGUGAAUACAUGUUUGUACCAGAUGAAUAUGAGACUAAUAUUCCAUGCAAAGUACAUAUUGUGGAUCCUCCUAAACUCCACCUGGAUGGUCUUGGGGAAAAUAACACUGUGACAGUUGUGGCAGGAAGCAAACUACGACUGGAGAUCCCCAUCACUGGCGAGCCAACUCCAAAAGUUGUGUGGAGCAGAGGGGAUAAGGGGAUCACAGACAGUGGAAGAAUACGGUCAGAAACAUACUCAGAUAGCAGCUGCCUGGUCAUUGACGCAGCCGAGAGGGAUGAUUCAGGUCCUUUCAGAAUAACAUUAAAGAAUGAGGCUGGAGAGGACACAGCUCUAAUCAACAUUAAAGUGGUUGAUGUCCCUGAUCCUCCCGAGGCACCAAAUGUGACUGAAGUGGGUGAAGACUGGUGUGUUAUGACCUGGGAGCCCCCAGCAAAUGAUGGGGGAUCACCUAUCUUAGGAUAUUUCAUUGAAAGGAAAAAGAAACAAAGCUCCAGGUGGAUGAGGCUGAAUUUUGAACUGUGUAAAGAAACAACUUUUGAGCCAAAGAAGAUGAUUGAAGGUGUUGCUUAUGAGGUCCGUGUAUUUGCUGUUAACGCAAUAGGCAUUUCCAAACCAAGUAUGCCUUCAAAGUCCUUUGUUCCUAUAGCUGUUACCAGUCCACCAACUCUCCUGGCAGUGGAUGGAGUGACUGAUACUACAGUUACAAUGAAAUGGAGGCCACCAGAUCACAUUGGAGCGGCAGGGUUAGACGGCUAUGUUGUAGAGUACUGCUUUGAAGGAAGUAAGUGACAACGACUGCGGUAUGUGGAGGCUAAUCAGCCAGAAGACCUCAAGCAGCAUGAUUUUGUUCAGACUUCUUUUGAUGGAUUCUCACAAGGUAUAUCGACAGAUCUGUCUGAGGAAUUGGUGGAGCCACCUUUUAACACGGAAGCUGAUGAAUGGAUCGUGGCUAACCCGGAGCUGACAGACAAAACGAAGUUUACUAUCACUGGCCUGCCAACUGGCUCAAAAAUCCUUGUGAGAGUAAAAGCUGUGAAUGCUGCUGGUGAAAGUGAUCCCAGGUACCAUCCACAGCCUAUUUUAGUCAAGGAAGUGAUAGAACCUCCAAAGAUUCGUCUACCAAGACACUUAAAACAAACCUAUACUCGAAGAGUUGGAGAAACUGUGAACCUUGUUAUUCCCUUCCAGGGAAGACCAAGGGCAAAAGUAUCAUGGCAGAAAAAUGGUUCUCCAAUUGACAAGAAUGACAUCAACAUCCGCAACACCGAAAAUGACACUAUCAUCUUCAUCAGAAAGGCAGAAAGGGGCCACUCUGGAGAAUAUGACAUGAAAGUGGAAGUAGAGAAUUUGGAGGCCAAAGCUACAAUAGAUAUUCAGAUUAUUGAUCGCCCAGGCCCACCAGAGGUUGUAACUAUUGAGGACGUCUGGGGAGAAAAUGUAAAUUUAUCAUGGAAGCCACCAAAAGAUGAUGGCAAUUCUGCCAUUACUGGGUACACUAUUCAAAAGGCAGAUAAGAAGAGUAUGGAAUGGUUCACAGUCAUGGAGCACUACCACCGCACCAGUGCCACCAUUAACGAGCUCGUCAUAGGAAACGAAUACUACUUCCGGAUCUUUGCUGAGAACAUGUGUGGCCUCAGUGAGGAUGCAACGAUGACCAAAGAGAGUGCUUUGAUUGCAAAGGAUGGUAAAGUCUACAAAUAUCCAGUUUACGACGAUUUUGACUUCAGUGAACGGCCAUUGUUUACUCAGCCUCUAGUCAACACAUUUGCUGUAGCUGGUUACAAUGCUACUUUGAACUGCAGUGUUCGGGGCAACCCCAAGCCCAAAAUAACCUGGAUGAAAAACAAAGUCCUUAUAAUGAAUGACCCAAGGUACCGAAUGUUCAGCAACCAAGGUGUCUGUACCUUGGAGAUCCGCAAACCAAGUCCCUAUGAUGGAGGAACUUACACCUGCCGAGCAGUCAAUGAACUUGGAGAGGCAGAAGUUGAUUGCAAACUGGAAGUAAAAGUGAUAUAUCACGGAGUAAUUAACCCAGGAGAACCCUUCACCUUGUCGGAAAAUAAUCAGCUAAACCACAGUGGGCUUUCAUUCUACAGGCUAUUGAUGGAUGGAGUGCCUCCGCAUAUCAUUGAUUCAUAUAUGCGUGAAGUGCUGGCAGACAGAACUGAGGGGAAGUGA